UACAAGAAGUGGGUCGAGUAAGAACAGCCUCCGAUUUGCUGACGAUGCGUCGAGAUGUGAAAACGUGCCGUCCCUCAGACUAACAUGAACCGAGUGUAGGUUUGGAAAUGUAUCGAAUAGCGGUUGUUAUUGCUUUAUUAGAGAUGGUAGGCGGAGCGCCGUCGCCUUUACGGGUUACCAUUAAUUGUGGAUCACAUGAAAGCGACUCAUCGAUCCUCCGUUCUAUCUCAAGAACAGCACACAAGAACAAGGGAACUUUUGACGUCAAUUCAUUCUGCGACCUCAUCCACAAUGCCAUCCCAAAGGCAGUACAAGACGGCAGAUUCGUCGUGGCGGAUCAAGAUGACAUGGACCAAGAAGGAUAUGGUGAUACACAAUCACCCAUAGCCAUAGCCCCACCUAAAGGCUACAUACCAAAGCUAGGUAUGUCCAGAAUCAACAAACCAAAACUAAGAAUCCCAGCAAUAAAAGUUCCACGACUACACGUAGCACUUCACAAACCGAUAAAACCACCAGUGUUAGGAUCAUCGAUGAUCUUCAAAACAUACAGGGAUUCUUACGAAGAACCAACGAGCGCCGAAAAGAUGGAGCAAUUCAAAAAAGGUGUUCAGAAAAUGUUGCAUUUCGUGAAAAUACUUGGGCAAGUUGAUCAGUAUUUGACAGAAAGGACUAAGAUCGUAAUAGAGAAGCUAUCGAAAACGUUUGCAGAAUAGUUUUAUUUUAUAAAUUUAAUUUAUUAAAACUUUUCUAUUUUUAUACGCUAUAA